AUGGCGGAGAGUCGGCAAAGACAUCGAAACCCCGGCCAAGCUGCCACAGCAACCCCCCAGAAGAGGCCCAUUGCUUGCUACCGGUGCCAUUCACAGAAGAGCAAGUGUUCAGGCGAGAAACCGUGCUCGAGGUGUCGAAGGACUGGAUACGCCGCCCAGUGUAGAUAUGCAGAUCGCGACCGCAAAGUCCGUGUUGGUGAGAAGUAUCUUGAGCAGCUGAUAGAAGACAGCAGAGAACUUGAUAAACUCCGAAAUGGGGGAUCACAGCACAAUACAUGCGCCGAAACCGCCGACGCUGCUGAUAACCGACAGCAUGAGAGUAGUCCACCGACAGCCCAGAAUUAUACCGGAGAGGCGUCGUGGUUCCAAUCUGAAGAUGCCUCUGUUCUUCCAAUAUAUACCAGCGGGGCUUCCUGCCUCGUCUUUGCCUCUCAGCUGUGUCAAUGCCUCAAGACCACUGACUCGCCAGCGUUGCAUAUUCCGCGAUGGAAUUACACCGAUGAAUCGACCUUGAACCUUGCAUUGCACGCCGAUAUCAACUGGCCAAGUCCGGCCUAUGCACAUUUACUUGUUAAGACGGCGCUUGGUCAUAUUAAUCCUGCAUUUCACCUAGCGUUGAGAAAGGACACCGUCGACGUGCUUUCAAGUGUUUAUCAAAAAGAAAGCUUCGACGACUCUAUAUUGAAAUGCAAGUACUUUGCCUUAUUUGCCAUAGGACAGGUCUACUCAAUGUCAAAUGGCCGCGGUAAUACGUCUUAUAUUCCUGGAACAGGGUAUUUUGCUCGCUCUCUGGAUCUCAUCCAGGUAAUCCCAGAGAGACCGAGCAUGUUACAUAUUGAGAGUCUACUCCUCUUGGCGUAUUUUUGUCAAUUCUUGAAUAGAUUCCACUCCGCCUAUAUACUCAUAGGAAAUGCACUCCGGCUGGGUCUUAGUGCUGGCCUAAACCACAACCUCCCCAGGACCCAGAACAUAAGUGCAAAAGAUCGCGAGCACCGAGUCAGGAUCUGGUGGUCUAUCUAUGUGCUCGACCGUUUCUGGGGUUCCAAGUCCGGGUUUCCUGUACAGAUUCACGACGAUGAUAUCCACGUCGAUCUACCGUCCACUCAAAUUGACGAUGGCCAAUUUUCAGAUAGCGCAUACCAGACUGCGACUAUAGAACUUGCUCGAAUGACAGGAGACACGACGAAAGAGAUAUACGGGCAGAGAAAACAUAACGACUGCUUUCUGCAACGUGAACAGAGGCUUCUGACCCAGCUGAAGGCUUGGGUGGAAUCUCUGCCUGAACAUCUGAAGCUGAAGCCGGAUACGGCCAACCCUAAACACACUGUCCUCAUGCAUCUGCAGUUUAGCUUCAUUGUCACAUUGACAAUUCGUCCUGUCUUGCUUAAUUUGCUGACCCGCCACUUGAAGAAGCGCCCCUCCUUCAGCGACGAUGUCACUCCUGUUUUAACUACACUGGGUGAAGCAUGCAUCCACGUUGCACGAUACUCACUGAAGUUAUGUCAGGAUGAGUGGACCAGUGGGUCAAUUGCGAUAUUUGGAUACGCCUUCCCAGUUUUCAUAUUCUCUUCUUCAUUGGUCUUGAUAGGAUCAAGCCUUUUGCCUAUAGGAAGCGCAGGCGAUCUUGCAUCUGCAGAAACCGGAAUCGAGAUGCUCCGGGUUCUAAGCGAGUCAAAUAACCUGGCUGCCAAGGACUUGCAUGGGAAGCUUCAGUUUGUUCGAGAGUGGCUGGAGAAUUACCGAAAUUCGACCGAAAAUGCCCAGAACCACCACCUAAAUCCCACAGUGAUACUACGUGAUGAUUGCAAUGUAUCAAAUAAUAAUCCACCUGUCGAUGGAUUUCCAAUAAACACUGCCGAGCCAUCUAUAUUUCCGAAUCUGGAUAUCAGCGCUAGCAUGGCUCUUCACAGCUCCACGAUGGAAGAAUUCCUGACGCAGCCUGUUUCAAUUGCCGGGCCUACUGAUAUGGGCGAAUUUCCACUUGACUUUGACUCGACGUUUCUGUGGUUUGACGAUGCAUCUAUUACAGGGUGA